AUGUCCUAUUUAAACCCGAUAGCUUGGUUGCAACUUACAUCCGUACCAAAUUAUCCCACUAUUGGCUAUUAUCAUGACACGUGGCUAAACAUUAUCUUUUCAACCAACAAAUUAUCUCUCCAUAUCUCUCCUCUCCAAAUUUUCAUUUUUCCCUCACAAAAACACACACAUAAACUCCACCUGCUUCCGUCCAUUUGCUGCAUCAUUUCCAAUUAUAUCCUUUCCCACAGGUGGAAGGGACCAUAA